AUGCAGAUUCGUUCCGCCUAUCUAAACAAAGUAGAUCGCCAGUUGAUCGUUGAGCGUAUAGCAACUCUUCAAAUGCCUGAAUCGGUGGCUCGUUUUGCGAAAAAUUCUAUGGAAUCAAAACACAGCACGCGAAUUUGCCUUGAAGGAACCCACAUUAAUCGCCACUUGGUUCGCUGUGGCAUCCCAGAUCCAGAGAAUCGCCCGAAAGAAACGACAUUGGUGCUCAGCAGGCCUCGCGAGGGAAUCAAAUGGAGCGAAAAGAGUAAAUCUAGAAGAGCAGAAGAAGUCGAAAAAAUCAAGGAAAAGCAAAAAGAGCAAGAAGAUUACAGCGUCACGGCAAAAGUCGAAGCAGAAAAUCUUCGAGAAAAGAUCGAAAGCAUAGAUCACAUUCGAAAUCGUCGAGAAGCAAGAGAUCAUCAGAUGUGUCUGAUAGGUCUAGAAGCAAAAGCAGACACAGAAAGAAAAGAAGUAGCGAAUCGUCGAAGAAAAAGCACAAGUCCAGCUCGGAGAAGCGCCACAAACGAAGCAAAGAAAGUGAAACAGCGAACGAGGUGGGAAAAAGCGUGCAAAGAAAUCAAAGAAGAACGACUAGAUAUCGUUGGUGAAGCCACUGAUACAGCUUAG